AUGGACCUGCUCGGGCAUGGCGACGUGAGCGAGGAGUACGAGGUAGUGUGUGGGCUUCUGGGCCUGACGUCGGAGACGCUGUCGUUGGUGCUGGCGUUCCUGUUGUGCUUGGAGACGGCGUACGCAAUGACCGAGUUGGUGCUGACCGAGCUGUUGUUACAGGCUGCUGUGCCUGUUGCUGGCCCAGCCAAGUCAGCGUGGAUGAAGUUGCUAUCUAUCUACUCGGCUACCAUUGCUGAUGGCGCCGUACGUGCCAGCGGGUUCUUUUUCUCGCAUGUCCUGCGCGUCAGGUUCGGUGUAUUCCUUGUGAGGACGCUCUCGCUGGCUGAGGGCCAGGUGGGCGACGUGAGCGAGGUGUAG